CUUUUUUCGACGUUUGGGAAAAAAAGCCUCAUCCAUUGACUACCUCGCGAUGAAAGGUUCCAACGCACUCAUAGGGCUUAGCGCAAUCCUCUUGUCGCCAACCGCAACAGCACUCUCAAGCACCUACCCAGCUUUCAAACCUUCUCCUCUAGCAUGGGACCUCAAACCAACGAACAGCACCCAACAAUUCCGCGGCCUCUCAUCCGUCUCAAAGGAUGUCGUAUGGAUAGCAGGAACCAACAGCACCGUCCUCCUUACUAAGAACGGCGGCUCGACAUGGUCCAACGUUUCGCCCUCCCUAUCCCCAGAAAACUCAACUAACUUCCAAUUUCGAGACAUCGAAGCCUUCUCUGACAAGUCAGCUGUGAUAUUGUCAAUCGGCAAGGGAUACGCGAGCCGUAUCUACCAAACCAGUGAUGGUGGCAAGUCUUGGAAACCGACAUUCAUCAACACUGAACCCAAUGCGUUUUAUGACUGCAUGGUGUUCGAGAACAAGAAGCAUGGUCUUGCUAUAAGCGAUCCUGUGGAAGGGAAGUUUAGGCUGAUUGGAACCUGGGAUGGCGGCGCGACGUGGAAGAUUGUUGAUCCUGCAGGUAUUCCUGCUGCUUUGACCGGCGAGUUCGGGUUUGCAGCAAGUGGGACGUGUAUUGAAGCUGCUGCGGGUCGGUGGUAUAUCGCAAGUGGUGGCGUGGACCCAGGACGUAUCUACCGGAGCGACGACGGGCAUCAGUGGAAGGUUAGCAAUAGCUCGAUUGGGGGCGGUGCAGCGGCUGGUGUGUUCUCGGUUAGAUUCAGGGACGAGAAGAAUGGAAUCGCUGUUGGUGGAGACUACGAAAAGCCAGCGGAAAACGUGAACAACGCUGCAUGGUCGAAGGAUGGCGGCAAGACGUGGCACAAAGCAGAGAGCUUCCCUGGAGGGUACAGAUCGGGCGUGUCAUGGGUGUCCGGACGAGGUCGUACUGCGGUUGCGGUGGGAACCUCAGGCUCAGACAUUACGUAUGAUGGCGGCAAGAACUGGCAAGCCAUCGGCAACGGAAGUUUUGACGCUGUGGAGUGCGUGAGCAGAGAUACGUGCUGGGCAUCAGGAUUAGGUGGCCGAGUCGCUCGCUUGAAGCUGUCAUGAAUGUAGCGCGAUUCUGGAGAGGUGUUC